CCUCCUCCUCCUCCGCCAUCAUCCGCCGCCCGGCGGAGAGCAGGUGGUGUCGGAGACGCCAGUGACGAGGCGCCCCGGGAGUGCUGACGGGCAGGCGGACUGGGCACUGGGGCGCCCGGGCCCAGGGGCAGCGAUCGGACGGGCGCGGACCCGACCCGGCCUCCGAGUCCACCCGGCCGCGCACGGCGGGCGCGCGCGAUCCGGUCGCCCCACGCGGCGGCGCCGCCUGUUUACGUUUGUAGAUCUCCGGGGAAGCCAACCAUCGUGGCCAGCAUGGCUUCUGAAGACAUCGCCAAACUGGCAGAGACCCUGGCCCAAACCCAGGUGGCUGGAGGACAGCUGAGUUUUAAGGGCAAGAGCCUCAAGCUGAACACUGCAGAAGAUGCUAAGGAUGUGAUUAAGGAAAUUGAAGAGUUUGACGGCCUGGAGGCUCUGCGCUUGGAGGGCAACACCGUGGGCGUAGAAGCGGCCAAGGUCAUCGCCAAGGCCUUAGAGAAGAAGUCGGAGUUGAAGCGGUGCCACUGGAGCGACAUGUUCACCGGGAGGCUGCGGUCGGAGAUCCCACCCGCCCUGAUCUCACUAGGGGAGGGUCUCAUCACCGCGGGGGCUCAGCUGGUGGAGCUGGACCUGAGUGACAAUGCUUUCGGGCCUGAUGGCGUCCGUGGAUUUGAGGCUCUGCUCAAGAGCCCCGCCUGCUUCACCCUGCACGAACUCAAGCUUAACAACUGUGGCAUGGGCAUCGGUGGUGGCAAGAUCCUGGCAGCCGCUCUGACCGAGUGCCACCGGAAGUCCAGCGCCCAAGGCAAGCCGCUGGCCCUCAAGGUCUUCGUGGCGGGCAGAAACCGUCUGGAGAACGAUGGCGCCACUGCGUUGGCAGAAGCGUUUGGCAUUAUCGGGACUCUGGAGGAGGUCCACAUGCCGCAGAACGGGAUCAACCACCCGGGCGUCACCGCGCUGGCCCAGGCCUUCGCCAUCAACUCCCUGCUGCGGGUCAUCAACCUGAAUGACAACACCUUCACCGAGAAGGGCGCCGUGGCCAUGGCUGAGACCCUGAAGACCUUGAGGCAGGUGGAGGUGAUCAAUUUCGGGGACUGCCUGGUGCGCUCCAAGGGCGCUGUGGCCAUCGCAGAUGCCGUCCGCGGGGGCCUGCCCAAGCUGCAGGAGCUGAACCUGUCCUUCUGUGAGAUCAAGAGAGAUGCCGCCUUGGCUGUGGCCGAGGCCGUGGCCGACAAGACCAAGCUGAAGAAGCUGGAUCUCAAUGGCAAUGCCCUGGGAGACGACGGCUGCAAGCAGCUGCGGGAGGUCCUGGACGGCUUCCACAUGACCAAGAUGCUGGCUUCCCUCAGUGAUGACGAGGGCGAGGAUGAUGAGGAAGACGACGACGAGGAGGAGGGAGAAGACGAGGAGGAGGAGGAGGAAGAGGAGGAGGAAGAGGAAGAAGAGGAGGAAGACGAGGAGGAAGAGCCACAGCAGGAAGGGCAAGGAGAGGAGUCAACCACCCCAAGGAAGAUUCUGGACCCCAACAGUGGAGAGCCGGCUCCCGUGCUGUCCUCGCCGCCCCCCACAGACGUGCCCACCUUCCUGGCAUUCCCCUCCCCGGAGAAACUGCUGCGCCUCGGGCCCAAGGGCUCUGUGCUCAUCGCCCAGCAGACGGACACGUCAGACCCCGAGAAGGUGGUGUGCGCCUUCCUGAAGGUGGCGUCCGUGUUCAAGGAUGAAGCCUCGGUGAGGGCCGCAGUGCACGAGGCCGUAGAUGCGCUCAUGAAGAAGGCGUUCGGCGCCUCGUCCUUCAACUCCAACGCCUUCCUCACCAGGCUGCUGGUCCACAUGGGUCUGCUCAAGAGCGAAGACAAGAUCAAAGCCAUUCCCAACCUCUACGGCCCCCUGAUGGUGCUGAAUCACGUGGUGCAGCAGGAUUACUUCCCCAAGGCCCUCACACCCCUGCUGCUGGCAUUCAUGACCAAGCCCAACGGCGCCCUGGAAUCCUGCUCCUUCGCCCGCCACAAUCUGCUGCAGACACUGUACAGCGUCUAGCCUCCGCCUCCUCGCGCCUCUUCUCCCCCUUAGCCUGCACCUGUGACUGGACACACUGGAGGACCUGAGCUGCAGCCCCGCCCCCGGGGCAGGCUCCGCCCAGAGGCAGGGAGGGCUCGGUGUGGUGCGUGCAGGGGUGUGCUUCCUGUGGGGAUCUGGGGGCUGGGUCUGGUCCCCAGUGGGGUGCUGGCCCUCAGAGGAAAGGGCUGCAAGCCGCUUUGCCAUUAAACUCACCGCCAUCCGAGGGCGCUGUGCUGAGCCGCGGCCAGGCCUGAGGCCGCGACGGCCGGCCCUCCCCGCCUGCCUCUGCCCCCCUCCCGGGCCACAGUAAAGCCUGGGAAACAGCUGCCCACGUCCUGUGCCCUGCCUUUGUGUCGCGGUGGGGCUGGUGUGCAUCCAGCCUGGGCCUGCAGCCACUGCCUUCGUCACCAAGUCACGCCUGCCGCGCCGGCCCCCGGGACUGAGCAGAGACUGCCAGUGGGACUGGAGGUCAAACCCCCGACACCUCGCGGACCUGAAGAGCAGCCGGGGGCGGGGGGCGGGGGGGCUGACCCAUGACGGUCCUGGAACAGGAAUCGCCUGGGGCUGCGCAGGCCCCGGUGUCCAGCGCGGCCCGGGCGUUCGGGGGACUCGGCGGGCUCGGAUCUGUUCCUCAGCCUAGGGUAGGGUGGCAGGUCCCCACGGCAGAGCGGUGUCUGCUCUCCAAAGGCCCUGCGUGCUGGGGAGGGCUGGGGCUGGGGCUGGGCUAGCGGUGCCGCGGCCCCCUCGCGGCUCUCCCCGCCUCAUGCUUGCCUCUGGGCUGUGCCUGGGAGCUUCCCAAUAAAGUCGUGUGGUAGCUGUGGUGACCA